AUGGAGGUAGUGGAUGGCCAAAAGAUCAUCAAUGAGCUCCAAGCGAACUGGAUUUGGAUCCCCGACUGGGUCGAUUCCUCCCCCGACAACACCGCCGGUCGAAUCGUACACUUCACUCGGACUGUCAGUCUCUCAUCGCGAUCGACUCGGGCACUGCUGCGCUUUUCUGCCGAUACUCGGUACAAGCUAUUCGUCAAUGGAGUCCGCGUCGCCGUGGGACCGACCAGGAGCAGUCCGCUCAUUUGGUACUAUGACACCCUGGAUAUCGCGCCGUUCCUAAACACCGGAGAAAAUGAGAUUCGGUUCGUGGUGAUCCGGUACUUUGCAGCCUCGCGCAGUGCGAUGCCGUUUGAGAGGACGUUGUGGCCUGGUUUGACAGUUGUCGGCUGCGUGGAGGCGGGGAGCGAGGUCGUGGAGCUCAAUUCGGCACAGAACUGGCAGGCUCAAGUGGAUGAGAGCAUUCGCUUCCCGAUGGGCCUGGCGGACGACGUGUUUCUUCACAUCAGCGAACGUAUUGUGCCCACACCUCCAGCUCCCAAAGUGACUCCGAUUGCAUAUGGUAUCAGGACACUGAAUGGAGACAUACCGCCCUGGAAUCUGCGCCCCCGCGCCAUUCCGAUGCCAGAAUCGAGCCGCGCUGUGGUUAAUACUGUUCGAGCAUGCGAAAGUACUGCAUCUAUCUACGACUGGACAGACCAUCUAUCUAGUGAUCGGCCAUUAAGCCUUCCCGGGGGCUCUUCGCACAUCGUUGAGUUGCAAGCAGAUGUCCACUCCACUGCAUUUGUCCGAUGGGCCUUCAAGGGAAAUUCACACGUCCAACUUCGCGUGACGUACUCAGAGGGAUACGAACUUGAGCCUCGCUCGUACCCAUUCUUUCGAUCCAAAGCUGAUCGGUUGGACUCCAAGAAUGGUCAAAUAGUUGGCCCAUAUGACGACGUAACGCUCAAUCUCACGGGCGAGCAAAGCGUCGUUUAUGAACCGUUCUGGUUUCGAACUUUCCGUGUGAUGAGACUUGAAAUCACCGUUGGACCGGAGCCAGUUGAGCUCCUGCAAUUCGAGGCUACCCAAGUCAAUUAUCCCAUGGCAGUCAAGGCUACCUGGAACGAGCCGGGUGAUCAAGUUACUAAACAAAUUUGGGAUGUGUCCAUUCGAACGAUGCGAAACUGCAUGUUCGACGGAUACUCCGACUGCCCCUUCUACGAGCAGCUUCAGUAUUCCGGUGAUAGUCGCUCGGUGGGCCUGUUUCACUACCUCCUUUCCGGCGAUGACAGACUCAUGAGACAGGCCAUCACCAACUUUGCUGCCUCGGUCACACCAGAGGGUCUCACACAGUCCAGAUUCCCCUCUCAUGUUCCGCAAAUUGUCGCCGGAUUCUCCUUGUAUUGGAUUCUACAGGUAUGCGACCAUCACCUGUUCUUCGGCGACAAGAAGUUUGCGCGUGGCUUCGUCCCGCGCAUCGAUGGCGUCCUUGACUUUUUUGAUUCUCAUAUCGAUGAUCUGGGUCUGGUCAGCGGACUCCCGGAGGUUGUAUGGCAGUAUGUAGACUGGGUGACCACAUGGGGUGCGACUGAGGAGCACGCGGAUAAGGGUGUCCCAACCGCAGGCCGCAAGUCAAACAGGCACACAUACUUCAGUAUGCUGUAUGCCUAUGUCCUUCAAAAAGCAGCCCAGCUUGUCCGUGACGCUGGGCGGCCAGGUCACGCAGAUGAGUACGAAUCGCGAGCCGCAUCGCUUCUAAAAGCAAUCCGAACUCACUGCUAUGACGGAGCAUUCUUCACAGACUCGACGGCCAACAUUACAGAGGACGGGGCCUUUUCUGAACACUGCCAGAUCUUCGCAGUUCUGUCAGGCGCUGCUGCACCCGAGAGUUGCGCGUCGCUCUUAGCUCAUUCGCUUGGCAACCCGCAUUUCUCCAAGUGUUCGUAUAUGAUGCGUUUCUACAUGCUUCGAGCACUCUCAAUGGCUGGUGAUGAUGUUUACGAGAGACAUUGGGAUUCCAUGUGGGCCCCUUGGCGGCAGAUGCUUGCGAAUAACCUCUCAACUUGGGAAGAGGAUGAUGUGCGACAACGCUCGGAUUGCCAUGCCUGGGGGAGCGUGCCCAUCUAUGAGUACUGUACCGAGCUAGCGGGCAUUCAGCCUAUUGCGUCGGGGUGCACGAAGGUUCUCUUCAAGCCUCGUCUCCGUCUGAGUGCGGCCCUAGAGGCAAAGAUCGCCCUUGGUAGGGACAAUCUUGCUACGGUGUCUUGGCAGACUGGCGACAGUGAUGAGAAACAAGUUACCCUACGGCUUGAGAAAGCUGUGGAGGUCAUCAGCCAACUCCCUGGAGGGGUAAAACAGGACCAUGGAGUCGUCGACUCUAUCAAUCUAGUGUACAAAGAAGGAUUUAUAUAG